UGCCCGACACAGGAAGCCGCUCUCCAGACCUGUAAACAGCGACUCGGAGAAGAUCCGCAACAACUAUGGAAACUAACUUAAGGGGAUCGUAGUUAUGAAAAUAAGAGGGGGGUAUCUGGCUAUGGACAAAGCGAACAGCAAAACAAUCAACUUGUUGGCAUAAUAGCGACUGAGAGCUCUUUCACAAUCAGUUCCACUGCGUGUUUGGAGAGUCAUCAAACUUACGCGCAGUAGCCUACUGCCGAGAUAACACGGCGUGGAGAUUUUAGCGCAACAAGUGGAAAUGAACCGUCCGAAUUCGCUAUAAGUGAAGAGAAACCACAGAAGGUGCAGCCGAGAAAACUUUUCCUUUAUUUAGAGGUCAUUUUUGAAUUUCCCUCCUUUUUUCAAUCGGAGCGCCGGGGGAAGGGGACCAGAGUACAAUCCAGCCCGGCAGCCUGAACCCAGGCCUCGGGUGUCAGUCUGCUGCUUUCGCCCCGGAAAGGAAUUAAAGAAGAAACCCAGUUUGCGACUUUUUCAGCCUCUUGGAGAGACGUGGAGCCCCUCGGUGUGUUCUCCCUCUGCCGCAGUGUUCGGUGCCGUCUCUGAGCGGGAUUACAGCCGGAGAAUGGAUCCCCAGUCCGCCAACUCCGCCGGGAUGUCCAAACCUGGGAAGGAGAAAAAGUCCAAGAAGAGUCUAGACGAAGGAGACGGGAAAAAGAAAUUCACUUUCAAACGCCUGAUCCCAGAUGAGCUGGAGAGGUUCACCAGCAUGCGUAUGAAGAAGGAUAAAGAGAAGCCGCACAUCCCCGGGCAGCGGCACUCCUCAGCGGCACACUACGAGAUCCCCGCCCACGCCGCCAUGCUGCAUGACCACCCCGACGAGUACGUGCUGGAGCUCUUUGAGCAGAUGCUGGUGGACAUGAACCUGAAUGACGAGAAACAGCAGCCUCUGCGAGAGAAAGACAUCGCCAUCAAGAGGGAGAUGGUGUCCCAGUACCUGCACACAUCUAAAGCAGGUCAGAGUCAGAAGGAGAGCUCCAAGUCUGCAGUGAUGUACAUUCAGGAGCUGCGGACGGAGCCCAGAGACAUGCAGCUGCUGAGCUGCCUGGAGUCUCUGAGAGUGUCACUGAACAACAACCCCGUCAGCUGGGUGCAGACGUUCGGGGAUGAAGGGCUGGCUCUGCUGCUCAGCUUCCUCAGGAGACUGCAGGAUGAGAACGACAUGUCGAGCAUCAGCAUUAAGUGUCAGCAUGAAAUCAUCCGCUGCUUAAAGGCCUUCAUGAACAACAAGCACGGGCUGAAGGCCAUGCUGACCUCGGCCGAGGGGAUCCCCCUGCUGGUGAGGGCUAUUAACCCCCGAGUGCCGCACAUGAUGGUGGACGCUGUCAAGCUCCUGUCAGCCAUCUGCAUCCUGGACGCCCCCGAGAACCUGCAUGAACGUGUUCUGGACGGUCUGACGGUUCAGGGUGAGGAGCAGGAGAUUGAGCGAUUCCAGCCUCUGCUGUCAGGCAUGGAGAAGCCCAGCGUGGCUCUCAAGGCGGGCUGUAUGCAGCUCAUUAAUGCCCUGAUCAGUCGAGGGGAGGAGCUGGACUUCAGGAUCCAUCUGCGCUCCGAGCUCAUGAGACUGGGCCUCAGAGACCUGCUCAAGGAUGUUCGAACCAUUGAGAACGAGGAGCUGAAGGUCCAGCUGAUGGUGUUCGACGAGCAGGCGGAGGAGGACUCCGAAGACCUGAGGGCUCGGCUGGACGAUGUGCGCAUUGAGAUGGAUGACAUGACUGAGAUUUUCCAGAUCCUGAUGAACACAGUGAAAGACUCCAAAGCGGAGUCCCACUUCCUGUCCCUACUUCAACACCUGCUGCUCAUCCGCAACGACUACCUGGCCAGGCCUCAGUACUACAAGCUGAUUGACGAGUGCAUCGCUCAGAUCAUCCUGCACAGGAACGGCAGUGACCCCGACUUCAAGUGCAAGCACGUCAAAGUGGACAUCGAGGGGUUAAUCGAUAACAUGGUGGACCAAAGCAAAGUGGCAAGCAGCGAGGCCAAGGCGUCGGAGCUGGAGAAGAAGCUGGACGCAGAGCUGACCGCGAGGCAUGAGCUACAGGUGGAGCUGAGGAAGAUGGAGGGAGACUACGAGCAGAAGGUGCAGGAGCUGAGCUCAGAGAAGGAGCUGCUGGGAAGCCAGAAACUGGAGAGAGAGAAGGAGAACCAGGCGCUGCUCAGCCAGAUCACCCAGCUCAAAGAGCAGAUUGACCAGCUCUCUAAGGAUCUUGAGGAGGCGAAGACGAAGGUCAUCACUGUGACUGUGCCUGUGCCCUCCCCUGCAGCACCCCCUCCUGGCCCCCCAGUCCCAAUGCAUGCCACCAUAGCUCCACCCACACCCCUUCCACCUCCCCCUCCACCCCCACCGCUCCCAGGGCAAACGGGUGUACCCCCACCCCCCCCGCCCCCUCCUCUCCCAGGGCAGCCCGGCCUCCCAUGUCCUCCCCCACCCCCACCCCCACCCCCACCCCUCCCGGGGCAAACGGGCAUCCCUCCACCCCCUCCGCUUCCCGGCCAGCCAGGCUUACCCCCACCCCCGCCUCCCCUACCCGGGGGACCAGGAAUGCCACCCCCUCCGCCCCCCCUUCCGGGAGGUCCGGGUAUCCCUCCUCCGCCCCCCAUGGCCCCCGGCAUGCCACCGCCCCCCCCUGCAUUUGGGGGCUGGGGGGCUCCUGCCGUCCCUACGCUGCCCUUUGGCCUUACCCCCAAGAAGGAGUACAAGCCUGAGGUGCAGAUGAAGAGGGCCAACUGGUCCAAGAUUGGGCCAGAGGAACUGUCAGAGAGCAGCUUCUGGGUCACAGCCAAAGAAGAGCAAUUCGAGAACAAUGAGCUGUUCGCCAAGCUCACCCUGGCCUUCUCCUCUCAGACCAAGACCUCGAAAGCCAAGAAGGAGCAGGACGGAGGGGACGACAAGAAAAGCACGUCCAAGAAGAAAGUGAAAGAGCUGAAGGUCCUGGACUCCAAAUCCUCCCAGAACCUCUCCAUCUUCCUGGGCUCUUUCCGGCUGCCGUAUGAGGAGAUAAAGAAUGUCAUCCUGGAGGUGAAUGAGAAGGUCCUGACGGAGUCAAUGCUGCAGAACCUGAUGAAGCAGCUGCCUGAGCCUGAGCAGCUCGGUGUUCUGGGAGAAAUGAAAGACGAGUACGACGACCUGGCCGAGUCGGAGCAGUUUGGGGUCGUGAUGAGCUCGGUGAAGCGUCUGAAGCCCCGCCUCAGCGCCAUCCUGUUCAAGCUGCAGUUUGAGGAUCUGAUGAACAACAUCAAGCCGGACGUGGUGUCGGUGACGGCGGCCUGUGAGGAGCUGAGGAAGAGCCAGAGCUUCGCCCAGCUGCUGCAGAUCAUCCUGCUGGUGGGGAACUACAUGAAUGCAGGAUCCAGGAACGCCGGCGCCUUCGGCUUCAGCAUCAGCUACCUGUGCAAGCUGCGUGAUACUAAGUCUGCGGAUCAGAAGAUGACGCUGCUGCACUUUGUGGCGGAGCUGUGUCAGGAGCAGCACCCCGAAGUCAUGCACUUCACAGAGGAGCUCAUCCACGUGGAGAAAGCCAGCAGAGUGUCUGCUGAGACGUUGCAGAAGAACAUUGAGCAGAUGGGCCGGCAGAUCAGUGGCUUGGAGAAAGACGUGGAGACCUUCCCCCCCCCACAGAGCGACAGGGACAAGUUUGUGGAGAAGAUGACAAGCUUUGUCAGCAUGGCCAGGGAGCAGUAUGAGAAGGUGGACCUCAUGCAUAAGAGCAUGGAGAAGCAGUAUGAGGAGCUGGGCAAGUACUUCAUCUUCGACCCCAAGAAGAUGUCCGUGGAAGAGUUCUUCGGUGACCUCAACAACUUCCGCAACAUGUUCCAGCAAGCGGUGAAGGAGAACCAGAAGAGAAAGGAGUCCGAGGAGAAGAUCCGCCGGGCCAAGCUGGCGAGGGAGAAGGCAGAGAAGGAGAAGGAGGAGAAGGCCAAGAGGAGCCAGCUACUGGACAUCAAUGCAGAGGGAGAUGAGACGGGUAUCAUGGAUGGCCUGUUGGAGGCCCUGCAGUCAGGUGCUGCCUUCAGGAGGAAGAGGGGCCCACGGCAGGCAGCAGCCAAUCGGAGAGCUGGCAAUGCUGUGACCUCCAUCCUGGCCAAAGAGCUGCUGCAGGACCCCGCCCCAGCCAGCUCCCCAGCCAAGAAGAGCAAGGUGCAGGAGGAGGAGAGCAAGGCGGAGUUGCCUGAGGAGGCGGAGUCACUGGAGGGGCUACUGGACGACGGUCCUGCCCGCUCCAGCUGAAGGACCCGCCCCAUCAGCUGCGGAGCCGGACUGCGUUCCCCAUGUGUGUUUAGGGAGGGGGGGCGGUGACACCCCCCCACACACAUACUGGCCUCUUUCGCUGCUGCUUUGGCCCCUGCCCAGCCCCACCCCACACCCCACCCUACACCCCACCCUGAAACAGCCCCACUGCUGUCUGCUACUGCCACACAAACUCCUCUCUGUCAGUCUGUCUCUCACUCUUUCACUGACUCACUGACUCACUCUGACUCAUU